AUGACCGAACCUUCACACGUCAAUCAGCGGCGAGAUAAGAGCUCAAGUCGCUCUUGGUUAAUACACGUCGCAAUUGUAAUUGGCCUUGUUUCAGCGUUUAUCGCACUCUUCAAAAAUUCCAUUCAGUCGUCUAGCUCACCCAAGCUGGACACGUACGGGCUUGGAACAGGGUCCGGGAUAUGCCAGCAAGUGCCGAAGCUGUCUCCAAAGAAUACACGAGUCGAACAGUAUAUUCGUGAGAAAGUCGACUCUGUGGAAUACCACCGAGAGAUCAUCAACAAGCUCUCUGGAAUAAUUCAGAUCCCAGCUGAGAGCUAUGACGACUUGGGGCCCAUUGGCGAAGACGACAGAUGGGAUAUAUUUUUUCAAGUGGAGAACUAUAUCAAAGUCAGCUAUCCCACAGUGUUUCGAACCGUGAAGCUGGAUCACGUCAACACGCACGGGUUGAUCCUGACAUGGGAAGGCAGCGUCUCCCCCUUGGAGGCUAAGCCUAUUCUCAUGCUUGCGCAUCAAGAUGUUGUCCCAGUGCUUGCGGAGAACGUCAAGGAUUGGGCUCAUCCGCCCUAUGACGGCCACUACGAUGGCGAAAUUAUCUGGGGUCGUGGGGCUACCGACGACAAAGGCUACCUGAUAUCUAUCAUUGAGAGCUUGGACCUUUUGAUCAAGAGUGGUUUUGAACCGAAAAGGACGGUAAUUCUGGCGUUUGGCUGUGACGAAGAGAUUAGUGGCGAGAAUUGCGGAAGGCCUAUCUCGAAUUUCCUUCGUGAGCAGUAUGGGGACGACGGGAUCUACUUGAUCAUGGACGAGGGUUGCACGGGUAUCCAGAGAGAAUUCGACCAGACUUUUGCCAUGGUCAGCGUCGCAGAAAAGGGCUAUCUGGACGUCGGGAUCAACGUCUCGUCAACUGGUGGGCACGCGAGUAACCCGCCGGAUCAUAAUGUCAUUGGUAUCCUGUCAGAAAUCGUGGUCGCAAUUGAGAGCAACCCGUUCCCUGGAAAAAUCACUCCGAAGAAUCCAAUGUUUCAAUUCCUAGAGUGUGGCGCCGUCCAUGCUCCCGUGUCGAGCUUUCCGAUGGCAGUUCGUCGCAAGUUGAGCAUGGCCACCCAAGACGACAGUAUCAGCCAGGAGCAACUGGCCCAGACACUGCAUGAUAUGAGGUAUUAUUUCCAGACAAGCCAGUCUGUUGGAAAGAUUAACGGUGGCGUCAAGAUCAAUGCCAUCCCCGAAACAGCGUCUACAUUGGUCAACGUGCGCCUGGCUGUCGAAACUUCUAUUGCUCAGGUUGAGACGCACUACGAAUCUCUUAUCAGUCCAAUUGCUAAAAAGCACGGAAUGGUAUUUGAAGGGUUUCAUUCCCCAUGUAGCGCUUCGGAUAAACGGAAAAUCUGUCUCUUUGGAGUGGACGCCUUAGAGCCAGCUCCCGUUUCUCCAGUUGAUACCGAAUCCUUCCGCAUCUUGUCUGGUACCAUCAAGAAUGUUCUCAAACGGUUGGGUGCGGAUGAUGAGGUUAUCGUCACACCAUACCUGAUGCCAGCCAACACAGACACUAAAUUUUUCUGGGCCUUGACCAAGAACAUCUACAGAUUCACCCCUGUCACUCUGGUGGAAAACCUUAACCGGGCGCAUACGACGAAUGAAUUUAUUCGUGCCGAUGAGUUCGUACGAGAGCCUCUUUUUUUUGCGAGUUUGGUUUUGAAUGCCGAUGAUGUUGUGCUUUAA